AUGGAGGGUUGGCGCUGCAAGACGCGCAUGUUCAGCGCCCUGCACCUCCCGGAUGAGAUGGAAUUCCUGGAGAAGAUGCAGAAGGCAGCCCUCUGGUGCAGCUACCACCCGAGCUGCUACGGGGUGCAAUUCUACAACGCCGGGAUGGAGGAAGACCCCAUGUACUGCUUGAAGUGGUGCGGGGAGCCACAAUGGUGCUUGGCGCCCAUCCUGGAGAAUGAUGGAGUCAAGGCGGAGGAGCUGGUUCAAGACAAUCUGUUUUACCUGCUCGUCAAGCCGCCCCAUGGCUCCUACACCACGGCCCGGCCUCUGCACGGGCUGCCUGCCAGGUGCUCUUACGCUGGCCGUGUGAGCCCGUGCUUCGAUCCCCUCGCUCGAGAGGCUUGCAAGGCCCACGAGUUUCGCCCCGGUGAGCGGGCUUUCGUGUUCGCUGAUGAUCUCCAGCGAAGCCCAGAGUGGAUGGACAAUCUGGAGGAGUCCUCGCUGCUCCAUGUGCAGCGCACGUGGGCAGAACCGAACGGAGUGGAUGUGGUCCUCAUUAUUCCGGCCAAAGACGUGGCAAGGCACCAGAUUUCUGGAACCCAGCGCUGGGCUCUGAAGCAGAUGGGCGUCAAAGUCCACGAGGUUUCGUGGGUUCGGCCACAGCUGAACGCUGGCAUCCCCCACUGGGCCGCCACGUCCUGGUGUGUUGAUCGCGAUUUCUUCAAACUGCAUGCUCUGGGCUUGGAGUACAAGGCGAUCAUCUUCUAUGAUUCGGAUUUGUAUGUGAACCCUACGAGUUUCGAUCCCCUCAGUGCGGUGUUCAACUGCGCCUACCAGGGCUACUUCCUCGCAUCGGCGUUGCACGGGGGCUUCGAGCCUCUGGCUGUCGGCUUUUUUGCCUUGCGGCCUGCUCCGGCGCUACUCCGCGCGGCGCAGCGCUUCCUGAGGAACGCCACCUACGAUGAAGAGAGGUCGUGGAACCAGCUGGGAUUCGGUCCUUGGGGCUGCCUGGACAGUACCGACGACUGGUGCCUCCGCUCCGUACAUGUCGGGGCAGAAUGCGGGCAGGGCCUUUUCUACAACCUCUUCUACCGCGCUGAUGCAAAGUUCUGGAGUGCUCUCGAAGCUGAAGCCGCAUCCGUCAGGCCGCUCGGAGUGAUGCUGGACGGUUGCAUCUGGCUUUACGAGAAUGCAAUCCGCGUCCCUGGAUUUCCAGAGGUGAUCAACCCGUGCUUGGAUUUGGUCUCACAGAACCGAUGUAGCGAGAUCGUGGUUUACCACAAGGUCAUUCAGGGACGCGGCUGCGCCGCAUCGCCCGAGCUCCUCGGUGAGGCCUGGACGAAGCUGAGGUUGCACCCGUCGGAUGCGAACGACAGCCUGUACACGUUCUUUACAUCGCCAACUAUGAAGCCCGAGCUGUAG